UCCGAGCGUUCGAUUGGCUGCGGUGGCGGGAGUUGGGGAACGACGGCGGUGGGAAGCAGCCGGUGGCAUGUCGGAGUGGCGGUGGCAGUGACGGCGAUGGCCGGUAUCGCCCUCGCCGCCACAUUCGUGGUCUCUUCGCGGAGGUAAAGAAAUCAAUUGAAAAAAAAACGCGGAAUUGAAGGAUUAUUCUUUGCUUUCGGCAGAGUGGGAACCAAGGGGUAGAUUUAGAUGAAUGCUCUGAGACGAUCUUGCACUUCCUCUUCCUCGAAUCAAUCAACCUCAUCGUCUCCCACGUCGUCGUGGAUCCAUUUGCGAUCGCUUCUUAUUGUUGCCUCCUCUCCUGUUCCUGAUCGAGGCAGCCUUAAAUCACCAUGGUCUCGGAGGAAAAGAAAACGAGUUCUUUCUCAUCGGUAUUGGAACUGUCUCUUUACACCAGAAGGAAAACUUCGUGAUGGCGGUUUCAAGUUUCUUAAGAAAGUUAGAAGUGGGGGAAUUGAUCCAAGCAUUAGAUCUGAGGUUUGGCCUUUUCUCCUUGGAGUCUAUGAUCUGAACAGUUCAGCGCUGGAAAGAAUCGCAGUUAAAGCGCAAAAAAGGAAAGAAUAUGAAAACCUGAGACUCAGAUGCUGCAUGUUAGCAAAUCAUUCUUAUCAAGGGAAUUCUUUGUUGACAAUAGAUGAAAUCUUUAAUGAAGUGAUCCCUCAGUGCAAUGAGGAGCCUGAGUCUCCAAGAAGCUGUGAAGAUGAUACUUCAAGGUUCUCACUUUUUAUGGAAGGGUGUCAUGGAGACAGACCACUUUAUGACAAGACUCCUGAUUCUGCCUCAUGCAAUUUGGAGGAAGGGGAUGAUGAAGAAGAUAAGACUGGGAUCUAUCAUGUUGAUACUCUUCAAGUAGAAACAGAUUCAUCUGAUUCUGAAUCCUCUGUCGAGGAAUUACUAGGUGUUGCAGAACCUGAUCACAAACUCACCAAUAGUGGUUCACUCGCACAUGAUACUUCAAUCCGAACCGUUGAAGAUUUCACAACAUGGCAGCGCAUCAUUCGACUCGAUGCGAUUCGAGCAAAUGCUGAAUGGGUCAUCUAUUCACCUAGCCAAGCUGCCGUGUCGGAAGAGGUAGCCAACCAGUCUGCAGAAGCUGUUCAGCUAAAGGAUUACAGUCACCUGGAACCCUGCAUGAUCUAUCAUGCUGCUCGUCUGGUUGCGGUGCUCGAAGCAUACGCAGUCUAUGACCCUGAGAUUGGCUACUGUCAAGGUAUGAGUGAUCUCCUCUCUCCAAUAUUAACUGUGAUGGAUGAGGAUCAUGAAGCCUUUUGGUGCUUUGUGGGUUUCAUGAGGAAGGCCCGUCACAACUUCCGGCUCGAUGAAGUUGGCAUAAGGAGGCAACUUGCAAUUGUGUCGCGGAUAAUUCGAUCAAAAGAUGCACAGUUUUACGGUCACCUCGAGAAGCUCCAGGCUGAGGAUUGUUUCUUUGUAUACAGAAUGGUGGUGGUGCUAUUCAGAAGAGAGCUCACAUUUGAGCAAACUGUUUGCUUGUGGGAGGUGAUGUGGGCAGACCAGGCGGCGAUACGAGCCGGGAUUGGGAGGUCGGCAUGGGGAAGGAUUAGGCUGCGAGCACCACCUACUGAUGAUCUCUUGCUCUAUGCUAUUGCUGCUUGUGUGUUGCAGAGGAGGAAACUGAUCAUAGAGAGGUACAGCAGCAUGGAUGAAAUCAUGAGAGAGUGCAAUAGUAUGGCAGGGCAGCUUGAUGUUUGGAAGCUUCUGGAUGAUGCUCAUGAUCUCAUAGUAACCCUUCAUGACAAGAUCUAAUUACUUCAUGGAGAAUAAUUCAACAUUGUUUCUUCCUUUCAUUUUUCCUCCCACUUUGCCAGAGCCUCCAGCUUGCUAAUGGAGAUUUUGUGAUACUCAAGAAGUUCUGAUUGGCUCUUUAUUCAUGCUGAAGUUAUUGAAUUAGCUGUGGAAUGAGACUGCCAUUGUUCUGUUAUUGGAGAAUCAUUUCAUGAGGAAAAAUGUUAUUGGUGCUUCAAUUAUGAAAAUCUCUAUUUGAUUAAGCAGAAGUUUUGUAUCAAACAAAGUACACUUCUCGAAGCAAUUCAGAAUGGCUGAAUUGAUCGGAUCAAAAUUGUACAACUUUUCUCUAAAUUUUGGAGCAUCACGAAAUGCUUGUAAUGUUUCAUUAUUUCUUCAGCUGUUCAUUAAAAAAAAAAAGAACUUUUUUUCAGGGAGAUGAGUUGAUCCGUAUAAAGAUUAUAAAAUAGUUUCACUUGUUA